CUUGGCCCUUUUCUCAUAUUUUUGAUAUUUCAAAAGUUAUGGCCAUUUCAAAAUUUACUUUUCGGAGCACCUUGAUUAUUAAUUCAAAUUAUCAAACUUUAAUCUCUUGUAACUUUUAAAUUUACAAAGUUACGACAAUGCGACUCAGGACCUUUUUUGUCCAGAAUUUAAUUUCCUACAAAAAAGGUCCUUAGCCCUUUUCCCAUAUUUUCAAUAUUUCAAAAGUUAAAACCAUUUCAAAGUUCACUUCCUGAAACCCUCUAUCAAUCCGAGUCAUUAAAAAACUCCAUAACUUUUAAAUUUCAAAAUUUACAAUCACCAGACCCAUUACCUUUUUUGUCCGCAAUAAAAUCAUCUAAAAAAUUUUCCUCAAGAAUUUUUUCAUAACAUCAAUACUUUCCCGGAAAAUCCCCAAAAACCAUAUGCGCAUAAAAUAAAAACUUAUCUUCCGCAAAUUGGUAUUUUAUCCCGCGUAUAAAUUCACCUGGAAAAUAAAUAAAAAAAGCAAACUACUUAAAUAUUCCCUCCGUAUUUAUUUAAAAUGAUAUUCCGUCACGUAGUAAAGACCCUGUCGGAAUGUUUUAUUACUCAGGCACCAACGGAAGUGUAUAUAUAAUAUAAGUAAACCGUCGAUAGCAAAUACAUCCACGUUCAGGUCAUUGAUUCACUCGUCACAUAAUCGCCUACUUUUAAAUCGCGACCUCCUGACCUUUUAAUCACCACCAAUUAAUACCUCAUAUCAAAUUUAAUUUACAAUAAUUAUAAUUACUCAUUAAUCCUAUUACCAAACACUUACAACAAAUAGUAAAUCGAUAUUAAUUUAUUACUAGUCAACCAUUACAAGUUAAAAAUAAUUAAUUAAAAUUACAAUUGCAAUCACAAUCACAAUAGAAGUUUAAGUUGCAUUACAUAUUAUUAUUUAGUAAAAGGAAUAAAAUAGAAUGGAGUAGAGGCGAUAGACUAUCGCGUGAGUUAUUUAUAAUCACCGACUUAUGGACCGUCGACAUGUUGAUGUACUCUAUCCUCUAUGUACUACAUACAUUUAUAUACACACACGUUUAAAUAAAAUAAUAAAGAAGUAAAAGCGCACGCGCUACGAAUACUUAAAUAACGAAUAAACUCAGUAUUAAUCGGUUUUCCUCACUAGUUAGGACUUGUUAACAAUUUUAAACUUUAGUUAUUCUCUAACAUAAACAACAAUCGUUAAAAAAAUAUUUUAAUUGAGGGUGAAACGUUUAUGAAAUCGACGGCAGCACCACGUCUGGGGAUGCGUCGCGAAGUAUGUGUAGUCUGCAGCAUGCCAGUGUUUCUCGCGGAAAAAUUGGUGAUAUCAAAAUCAACUUACCACCGCACAUGCUUCAGAUGCGCGCGUUGUCACAACCAAUUGACACCGUGCAGUUACUAUGAAACAGAAGAGGGUCAGUACUGCUGCGAAACUUGUCCCGAUGAAGACACCACCAAUAUUAGUGUAAGCGAAUACGAUUCUUUGGCGCUGGGUGCAAAUGAUUCAUCAAUCGCUAUAGCAGCAGCUGAAUCUGAAUCCCUGGAAUCUCAAGAUCAGGAAAUAAGUUAUCAUAGGUCACUGAGCGACGAAGAGAAACAGCUGAAAAAAUUGAAUGAAUCUAAAGAUCUCAAGUCGACAUCGCAGAUUGCAUCAAUGAGACUGAAUUUCAUGUCGAGCCAUUUGCUUUCAGACACCGUAGACUCGGAAUCUGAAGCUUUUGAUGGUGGCUCGAAGGACCAAGAUGUCAACGCUUCCCCAGACAUUAAAUCGAAAGAUAGUCUUGAAGAUCUUAAGACGAAUUUACAUUCCAUGACAUCAAGAACAAUAAAUGAUAAAUCUGUAAAUAAUUUAGAUGUUAGCUCUAGUGUUCAUCGUUGCCUUACUGCCACGUCCGAUAAUUUAGAUAAUGAUAUUAAUGUUGAUGUUGAUGCUGAUGUUAAUGUUGAUGAUAAUUUAAUUGUUAAUGAUAAGGAUAAAAAUAAAGAUGAGUUUAAGAGCCAGGAUACCAAAGAGAUGGUCGGCGUAACUGGUACGGAUGUAAAUCAGUGUCUUUCAAUUGUUCAGAAAAGGCUGAAAUUAUUCGAAGAUUUAGUUGUUAAUGUUAAUGUUAUUGCUAAUAAUAAUAAUGAUAGAGAUGAUAAAGCCGAUGGUGAUGCUAAUGCUGGUGAUAAAGACUGCGACAGCGAAACAGGUGUGUCAGGUGUAUCACGAAUGGAGCCAGACUCGCUGGAAGUAUGCCCGCGAGAUGACUUUACAAUCACCGAGCCGGUGUCGCAAGCGAUUGCUAAACCGCGAGACACGUGUGUGAGUAUUAUAAAUGCCAGCGUUGAGUCAACAGAAGUUGAAAAAAAACAAGAUGAAGAUGAAGAUGAAGAUGGAGAUAGAGGUGAAGUGGAGACUUAUCCUGAUGAUAUGAAUCCAUUCAAGAGUGAUGAAGAGACUGAUGGAAAGACCAACGAUUUCGAAAGGUCGAACAAUCCCUUCGACAGCGACGACACCGAGGAGGUUCCCAAACCCGCGGCUAGGACUGUCGAUGCCCAGUCCACCAAGAGGCUUUUGAAGGCUCCGCUCAAUCCCUUCUGGAGCGACGAAGAUCAUGAGAGCGAAGAAGACUCCAAGCUGGAGGUCCCGAUACCGAAACCCAGGAGGAGUAAAUUGGAGAAAAGCGAUUUGAGGCGAGAUGAUUUCUAUGCUUCCAACAGUUCCUUGGCCAGUUCUACCUCAACAACUCCCAGCAGUUAUUACAGGAAGCGUCGACCUGCUCCACCGCCUCCUGAUAAAUCUGUCACCGGGACACCUGAUAAGUUUAACGACUCGGGAAUCCGGACGCCAAGGCCACGUAAAAGUAAACCGGCACCACCUCCUCCGAUGCCUACGAGCACUCCACUGUCGAUGGGAAUAGAAAAGUUGUCAUUGACAAACGACUCUCCGAUAAGUAAUAAAAUGAAUAUAAAUGCUAAUGUUAAUAACAGAUUGAUUGGUAUGGAAGAAGACGCUGAGAGAGAAAACCAGUCGUGGGAGGAUAUUAAAGUGAGUAAAAAUGAGGCCAAUAGAACAAAACAGUCGAUGUCUAGGUCAGAGAGUAAUCAAGAUUACACCAAGUUCGAUAAAAGUUGCCAGGGCAAGUGGAAGCGUAAAAAAGCUCCUGCUCCUGCGCGUCCGAUACCCCAGAGACGGAAAAUAAAAGUCAUGUCGAUGAAGGACGUUAAGCUCGAGCUCGCGGAAAUAGAAAUGCAGCAGCUGGGGUUGGAAAAACAGGGCGUAAGACUCGAGCAGUUGAUUAGGAAUAAAUGUGAAAAUGAUCAGAAAGACGACGAGGAUAAUAAUGAGAGCAGCUUGAGUAUGGACGCGGACGAGCUUGUGCUUGAAUUAUUUGCGCUCGUUAAUGAGAAGAACGAGCUGUUCAGACGGCAAGCGGAGCUCAUGCUAUUGAGAAGGCAGCAUCGCCUGGAGGAAGAGCACGCGGACAUUGAAUAUCAAAUUCGAUGUUUGAUUUGCCAGCCUGAGGCUACUAAGACCGACUUUGAUAAGCAACGAGAGGAAGCUCUCAUUCAGAGGCUCGUCGAAAUCGUUGAGAAGCGCAGCGAAAUUGUUGAAUGCUUGGAAAUGGAUCGUCGUCGAGAAGUCGAAGAGGAUAAAAGUAUUAAUAUGCACAUGGAAUUAUAUACUGCUAAAAAAGUAAAUCAAGAAGAACCAAAAACGCACAAAGGAAAAAAAAUAAAAUUGAAGGAAAAAUUACAUAUUAAAGAAAAAAAUUUACUGAAAAAAGGUCACAAGAAAGAUGCUGAUAAGGAUGUGGACGAGACUGAAGUUAAAGUUAAACGCCAAAAUAAACGAAAAUGGUUUUAAAUAAUCUCCUCUCUUACUUACACUAUUCAGAUAAACUUACAUUUUAUAAUUAUUAUAUUUCAUAUAAAAAUGCACUCGUUUUUUUUUUUUUU